GAUAUUUAUUCAUUUUCAUUUGCUGCACACCAUUUGAUACAAAAGUAACUGGAAUGUGGUAAAUCAUGGAACAACACAAACAUACAAAACAUAGAUUAUUUUUUUGGUUAACUUGGAACUUUUGGGGCUAUGCUUUAGAAAUGACAAAAGAGUGAAUAUUUAAAAAGAGAAACACAACAACAACAACAGCGUAUUUAUCAAGGAAUAUUACAGACCUUUUUCACAGCAGACAUUUUGACUUGUCAUAGUAUUACCAGGUGUUACUUAUAACAUUGUGAACAGCUCUGUUCUUGUCAAAUGUCCCAGUAAGUCAUGUCAGUGUGAUAGUGAGCCACUGUGUACAGUACCAGAACCCUGAAACUGAAGCAGCUGAAUGGAAAAGAUAUACUACUGUGACAUGUCAGAUAUUUUCAGUGAAAGGUCCAUUGACUGACAAAUUAUUCAAGUAUGAGCUGUGAUCCAUCUUUGACAAAAAAGAACAUCUGUGCAUUAAAAACAGGAGGUAGCCAAGACCCAGCUACAUCACAAAAAAGUUAUGUUGUACUGUUGUAAUGUAAAGUCAGUAACAGGGUAUGUACUUGUGAUAAUGUUGAAUGUGAGUUUCUUUGAGUUUAGGAAGAGCAGGACAAGAUAUGAAGCUCUUAAUCGUAAUUAUGUGUACUAAUGUCCACACAGUAUGUCACCAAAUAUACCAAGCAAUACAAAACUAUACCGCUAGAUGGAGCCUAGUGAGUCGCCCCCCCCCACCUUCCACGUCCAUAUUUGGUAGUGUCCCGGGAGGUGACGUUUGUCUCAAACACGGAAGAAGAGGUAAACGAGUGAUGUGCGGAGCUGUGUAAAAUUAGAUUGACUGCCCUUCAAGUUAAACUCGAAUAUGUUGUGGCACGUUAGACCACCACAAAAUCAGGUCAGGAUAGAUGACACCUGGAGAAGACUGAGACAGCUCCUAUUUGAAGUUUUAUGAGCUCGAGGCAGUGUCGGUUAGCCAGCCGCGAGCAUCUCCCGUGUGAAGGUGGCUACUUAAAAGUAUCACAUCAUAAAUUUAGGUGUUUACUUUAUACUUCUUAUCUUAUGAUGAUGCUUUGGGGCUAUAAUACAUACUACUGACAAGAUAAAUGGCAUUCGCAAACCUGUUCACGGGACUGUCCGCUGUCGACGAAGAUGUCCAGAGUCCUGGUCAACCAACCUUUAACAGGAACGAGAAUGAUAAUGGUAAAAGGGGCAAUGCCAGAAAGAGGAAAACCCAGGCUGAGCAGACUGGCCCUGACAAGAAGAAACAACGUUAUCAAGCCCAGACACACUGGACUUAUAAUGCUAAAUCCUUUGAAGAUGAUGAUUCAGAGGCCACACACUGCCGUAUGUUGAAAACUGAUAGUGACCAUGCAGGUGUUGGCUUCACCAAGGAAGGGAUUCGUAACUGCAGUGGUAAACCUGACCAUAAGAACUGGUAUCAGCAAGGUCAGAAUUAUAAAGCUAAAAGUAAUGGUAAUAUGAAGAGGCAAACACAGCAGAAAAAUCAGCAUCAACAGAGGGAUAGAGGAAGACAUGCCAGUAAGGCUGGAUACCAUCAGACUAGACCUACUUUGAGAAAAGGUGGAGGAGAUGGUCGACGUAAAGAUGGCAAGCAGGAUGUUCAAGUGAAACCCACACGAUUCAUGACACAAGAAUUCAAGGACCAGAAUGCUUUAUUAGUGGAUGGACAGUUACUUUGUCGACAUUUUCUUUGGGGAAGGUGCAUCAAGGCAGAUAACUGCCAGCUCAAGCAUAUUCAGGGUUACAACGACCUUAUCAAAGAAGUUUGCAAAUUUUACGUCCAAGGACACUGCACUAAAGGGGAAAGCUGCCCGUACAUGCACAAGUCCUUUCCUUGCAAAUUCUUCCAUAAAAAAGGAAGGUGUUCUCAGGGAGCAGAUUGCAGGUUUUCCCAUGAGCCACUUAAUGAGCUCACUAAGCGACUGUUGGAUGAGGCAUUAAAACGGGAAAAUGACCUCUAUGAACUUGCAAAAAAAGCUGAGCAGGAGUCGUCAGGACAACCAGCAAACACAGAUGAGUCAGAAAUUACAGAGGCGAAUGGGACCCCUGAUAUACCAAUACAGCCACUCAGGCCUAACUUUUACAACAGUGGAGAAACAAAUACUGAGCAGGAAGCCUUGUUAUGUCGGACUGAAGAACCGCCUGAUAUCAUGGAAACAGCUGUCCCACCGCAGGCAUCAGAUAGUGCCCAACCUCACAGCCCCCAGUCAACCAAUCCUAGACAUGAGGAGCCAGUUUGUUAUUCAGUCGAAGCAGUGCUUGGGCGUCAGCUAUUCAAACCAUUCCCUAAUUUCUUUACAACACCUGGAAGUCAAGAAUCUGUGCCGCUCUCUGUUCCACAGACUUCCUCUGAUUGCACCUCAGGCUCUGCAGACCAAAGUAAAGUUCCCUACUUUGUUGAUACUGUUGAUGCUGUUGGAUCAUGUAAAUCAGUGGGAGAUUCUCCCUUUGGGCAUAUACCUACUCCUCCUACUGCACAAACUGUAUCAUAUACUCCAGAAAGUGACCGUGAAGCGCUCACUGGUCCUCUGCUAAGCUCAGAAACUGAAAAAGUCUUGUAUUCUCUAAAUACAAGAAAUGAAGUGAAUAAAUUCCAGGAAAGUGUCCGAGUGCACGCUGACCUGAUUUCAAAGACCUGCCCUGAUCUCACUCUGGCCUCUGGGGAUCAUAGGAAACAAGAUGGGGAAAUGCCAGCAUCCCUGAAACCUGUUCAAAGAGCUUUACAUGAAGUCAAGUUGGAGUUGUUGCAUUCUCAUGCCACAGUGGCACCCAAGUCUCUGUCAUCACAAAGAAAAGGAGAUCUGAAAGGAAGCACACACUUGCCUGUAGAUAUUACAUGCUCUGUGAACUGUAAAAGUGAAAGUGCACAAAGCCUCACAUUUACUCCCAAACAUCCUACACAGCUGAAGAAAAGUGGCUCUGUCAGUCAUCAUUUUGCAGCAAAACAACCCACUGAGAUCCAUCAGCACUCCAAAACGACACAAUCUGGCCUCAAACUUGGCACACAACAGCAUUAUUGUGCUGAAACCAAAGCGGAGUGCAGCAGUAAAAUGGCACAUAGUGGUGAUUUUUCAGUUGAAUGUAAUAAGACCCAGAAAAUACAAUUUCCAAAGCUUUUUACAAGCCCCAUCAUUGACAGCCUGAAGCCAACACCAGAUUUUGAAACAACCCCUGCUUGUCCUCAAAGCUUUAUUCAACCUUCCUGUCCUACCUUACAGUCUGCACAUUGCAUAGGUAAAGAUACAAAAAUUAAAACUGUGACUGAACCUGACAAGACCUCUGCCAGGACCUUCCUCAGUCUUUUUGCUGCUCCCCCCAAAUGCAUACAGUCUCUACCAGAUUAUUCAAAGACUACCUCCUGUUUUCAAGAGUCAAACCAGUCAGCUGAUAAUACAUCACAUUUAUUGGACUCUAAACAAAGAGCUUUGAAUUUAGAGACACUUCAGGUCAAAACUGGUGUCAAACAAACUUCUCACAGGCCAGUAUCUCCUAAAUUUCCCUCUAGUUGUGAGCCCAUAAAUCAAGCUAAAAAGCUGCAAAUGAAUCCCAUCUCUAGUCUUGUGUCUGAUUCUCUCAGUGAGAUGUUCUCCAGUCCAACUCCUUGUGGUGACAAUGCAGAUCCAUCUAUAACCCAGGCUCAGCAGCAGCUGGCUAGCAUUUCAUCUCCCAAAGGAUCUGCAGUUGCAGCCACCACAAAUUCAGUUCUAAAGACGCUCUUUUUGUGCCUGAGCCCGUACCAAAACGAUGGAGAGCAAAUGGACAGUAUUCAGAUCAGUCUACCUUCAGAAAAUGAAAAGAAGAACAAGACCAGCACAGGUUGUGUCUUUGUUAAGCAACAGCGGAAGAGUAAAAGAAAAAGAAGACAAAAGGAGAAGCUCAAGUCCACCGAUAAAGCAGUUUGACACUCAGUGGAGUGCCAGCCUUCUUUUCAGACCUCCCUAGUCUCUUUGGAAGCAGCGGUUGGGUCAACCCUCAGUGGUCCAGCUAUGACUGAACCUCAGGUGAGAAACUCUGGCACACACAGCUUGUUGUUCAAACUAGCAUCGCCACAGGUGCUGUGUCGCACCUAAUCAAAAGCAAGGAAGGAAAGUGGAGAAUGACUGGAGAAUGUAACGCUCACACCAAUCAAGGACCCUUUUAAGACUUUAGACACCAUUGGCUUGCCACUUUGGACAUUAACGUUGGAAUUAUUUGUGUUUUAUCUCACUAACAAUUGUGAUUAAAUACUUUUUUUUUCCCCCACCAGUGUUGAAACUGUGAAAAUGAAAGUUGCUGAUCAUAUAGAUUAUAAACCUAUAUGUGUUUACAUUUUAUUAAGAUGUUUUAGUGUGAAAAUCAGCCCUCUUCAGUUCCCUAAGAUAUCUGCUCAACCUUCUAUACCUUUGCCCAAAGCUUUGAUUAAAUCACAGCAAUGCAUCAAACAAUGGUUAUGAGUGUCAGUACAUAUAUUACUGGUUUAUUAGCUAUACCCGAUUUUUGAAAACUAACAUAAAAUCCCUAAUAACUUGGCAACUGGGUGUAUUAUGGGUUUGUUUGUAUUUUCACUUUGUUUGUGGUCACUCAUGGUAACCAUGUUAAACCUAGAAGCUACUUAUGCAGCAUUUUUGUGCAGUUGUGCAAACAUUCUGCAGUGAUGGCAAAUCAAAUUCAACUUGUUUGUUUAAUGUAUAUAAAAUUUAGAGUUAUGAGAUGAUGAAAUUAAUUUGUCAAUUAAAAUGUAUUUGAAGAAUUUCUCA